AUUGUUCUUCUUGCCUGCCUGGAAGUCUGCAGCUAAAAUUGUGUUAAGGAGUUACUUGCUGAAGCUGCUACAGAAACCAUGUCUAUGUAUUUUCCUACUGACGAAUACGGAGCUCUUUGCAUUCAGGAAUACAGAAAAAACAGCAAAGUGGAGUCAAGUACACGUAACAGCUUCAUGGGCUUGAAGGAUCAUCUGGGGCAUGACCUAGCCCAUCUUUAUGUGGAGACCACUGGCCCACAUUUAAGUGCAGCUGUACCUUGGCCAAUGGUUGAAAAACCAACAAUGGAUAAAGUGAACUCCAGGAAAGAAGAUACAGAAAAAGAGGUGUCUGAAGAAAACGCAAGCUCUGGUGACUCCGAAGAAAGCACAAAUUCUGAUAAUGAGUCCGAACAAUUGAGUUGCAUAUCCAUAGAGCCAUGCUUAUUAACUAAGGCUCACAGACAACUCUGUAGGUCUCCCUGUUUAGAACCCCACAUACUCAAACGCAAUGAGAUUUUGCAAGACUUUAAAACCGAAGAAUCCCAGGCUACCCCCAAGGAAGUGAAGAAACCCCCUGAUGUGGUAAGAGAAUACCAAACAAAACUGGAGUUUGCACUUAAGUUAGGUUAUUCUGAAGAACAGGUUCAGCUUGUGCUAAACAAACUUGGUACUGAUGCUUUAAUCAAUGAUAUACUAGGAGAACUUGUCAAGCUUGGAAAUAAAAGUGAGACUGAUCAAACAGUUAGUGCGAUUAACAGUGUACUGCGGGAAACAUCUUCCCUGGAAUCUCAAAGGUCUGAAUCUCCAAUGCAAGAAAUUGUUACAGAUGAUGGUGAAAAUCUGAGACCAGUAGUUAUUGAUGGCAGCAAUGUAGCAAUGAGCCAUGGAAACAAAGAAGUAUUUUCCUGCCGUGGGAUAAAAUUGGCAGUAGAUUGGUUUUUGGAAAGAGGCCACAAAGACGUUACAGUUUUUGUUCCUGCUUGGAGAAAAGAGCAGUCCCGACCUGACGCUCUCAUUACAGACCAAGAAAUUUUACGUAAACUCGAGAAGGAGAAAAUCCUGGUGUUCACACCAUCGCGGCGCGUGCAGGGGAGACGCGUGGUGUGUUAUGACGACAGGUUCAUCGUGAAGCUGGCUUUUGAGUCCGAUGGUAUAAUCGUGUCCAAUGACAACUACAGGGAUCUGGCUAAUGAAAAACCAGAAUGGAAGAAGUUCAUAGAUGAGCGGCUAUUAAUGUAUUCAUUUGUCAAUGACAAGUUCAUGCCCCCUGAUGAUCCUCUUGGCAGACACGGCCCAAGCCUGGAUAAUUUUCUGAGGAAGAAACCAAUUGUUCCUGAACACAAAAAGCAGCCUUGUCCCUAUGGGAAGAAGUGUACCUACGGGCACAAGUGCAAAUAUCACCAUCCCGAGAGGGGCAGUCAGCCUCAGCGGUCAGUGGCUGAUGAACUCCGUGCCAUGUCUAGGAACACAGCAGCCAAAACUGCUAAUGAAGGUGGACUGGUGAAGAGCAACAGUGUUCCCUGUAGCACUAAGACCGACAGCACUUCUGAGGUCAAACGAGGUGCUCCAAAGAGGCAAUCGGAUCCAAGCAUAAGGACUCAAGUCUACCAAGACCUAGAAGAAAAGCUUCCCACCAAAAACAAAUUGGAAACCAGGUCUGUACCUUCCCUAGUUAGUAUACCGGCUACUUCUACUGCAAAACCCCAAAGCACUACAUCUCUAAGCAAUGGCCUUCCAUCUGGAGUUCACUUCCCACCUCAGGAUCAAAGACCACAGGGACAAUAUCCUUCAAUGAUAAUGGCAACCAAAAAUCAUGGAACGCCAAUGCCUUAUGAACAGUACCCAAAAUGUGACUCACCUGUAGACAUUGGGUAUUAUUCCAUGUUGAAUGCAUAUUCCAACCUGAAUAUCUCAGGCACCCGAAGUCCUGAAAGGCGCUUCUCCUUGGACACGGAUUCUAGGAUAAGUUCUGUAGCUUCUGACUGCAGCAGCGAAGGGAGCGUGAGCUGUGGGAGUAGCGACUCCUAUGUGGGCUACAACGAGCGCUCCUACAUCAGUUCUCCCGACCCGCAGCUAGACGAGAACUGGAAGUGUCAACACAUGCACCCUCACAGCCGCCUGAAUUCCCAGCCCCUCCUGCAGAAUUUCCACGACCCCUUAACCAGAGUGCAAAGUUACAGUCAUGAAGAACCAAAGUACCAUCACAAGCCUCCUCUCCCACACUUGGCUGUGCAUCUGCAGCAUCCAGCGGUGGGUGCACGCUCCAGUUGUCCUGGUGAUUACCCCUCUCCUCCAAGUUCAGCACACUCUAAGGCACCACAUCUGGGCAGGUCCUUAGUGGCCACAAGAAUAGACAGCGUGUCGGACUCUCGACUCUAUGACAGUUCACCUUCCAGACAGAGAAAGCCUUAUUCCCGCCAGGAAGGGCUAGGAAGUUGGGAUAGGCAGAGUUAUGGGAUUGACAUAUACGGCUAUCGGCAGACUUACUCCUUGCCUGAUAACUCCACACAGCCAUGCUAUGAUCAGUUCACCUUCCAGAGCCUACCUGAGCAGCCAGAACCAACUUGGCGAAUACCGUAUUGCGGAAUGCCACAAGACCCCCCAAGGUACCAAGACAACCGGGAAAAAAUUUUUAUCAACUUGUGCAACAUCUUCCCACCUGACCUUGUGAGAAUUGUCAUGAAAAGAAAUCCUCACAUGACAGAUGCCCAGCAGCUUGCCGCAGCCAUUUUAGUGGAGAAAUCCCAGCUGGGUUAUUGAAAAGAUGACGCAUCUUUGUGGUGUUUAGUAGUUUUUUUGUUCAGCUCAAAUGCUGAGGGAGGUUUGCUACAAUAGCACACGUGAUCUCCUUCUCAGCAAGGAGGUUCUAUAGUAUCCAUUUAUGUGAAACACUGUAUCAUGGAAUCUGUAUGUAUAGCCCCACAUGGUGGAAGUAUCACGGGAUUGCUUUACAUUCAAACUUUUUUUUAACAUUUCCUUUUUAAAGCUAUAUCCUUGGCUGGAAAUUUUUCCAGUUUGAUUUACUAGAUGUAUCUGUGAUCUUUGAUAUUAAUCUUUGGUGCAUCAGGGGUUUAUAUGCAGCACUUUUUAUCUUUGUUUCCUGUUUUCUUACCUUGAUGUUUGUCUAUCAAUUGCAAUCAAUUACAAUACCUACAGAAUGUUGAACAUUUGACUAGACCUAGCAAACUGUUUUUUCAAGCCAAGCUUAAUUAGAAUCUUUUACAGCUUUUUAAGUUAUUUUUAUUUGGGGAAAGUGGGUUUCUCUGUGCUAGAAUCAUUAUUUAUAGAAACAACUGAUAUAAUACAGCACUGACUUUAUAUUUUAAACAAAACGUAAGUUACCAGUCUAUAUUGAAAUAUGGGUAACAGUGUAUGUUAGAAUGAUUUGCAAGAUGGCACUUUUUAUUGUUUUAUUUUUAUUUGGAUUUUUUUUUCCUGUUUAGUAGUUAGCUAAUUUAAUAUGGUUAAUUUAAAGGAAAGCAGAUGCAAUCAGUGGAAAAAAUAUUUCCAUUUUUGUAUGAAUAAGGCAAAAGCCGUAACUGUUACAGUUUAGAGCUUUGUUAUCCAGCUGGUUUGUGCUUCUAGAUGGUAGAAAUGGAAUUGAAUUCCUAGAUUUUCAUUAAUUUGUCUUUUUAAUGUGUCAGUCGCUUUGUUUGGGGCACAACAAUACUGGAUAAAAUAACCCUUUCACAAUACUUGCCUGUUUUUAAUGAAUCUAAUUAUUCUCAAUGCAACUUUUCUAUUUGAUAUACUCUUCAGCUUUCCUGUUGUUUAGCAAGGCUGGCCUGAGGUGGUUUUAUGUGUUGAGGAUAUGCAACAUUUAUUGAUACUGCACUAUAGAAAUGGGGAUGGAGGAGUUGUAAAUGGUAACUUAAAUUUUUUGUAAGAUACUGUAUAUUUUCCAUUUUCCUGAGAGUAGAUUUUUUGGGGUUUUUUGUUGUUUUGGGGCCUGUUAUAUUAUUAAGGCCAGUUUCUUGCCACAAAUAGUAUAGUUUUAGAUACAGACUAAAGUCUGUUCUAGUAUUAGUAAGGGAUAUUUCUGGUUCCAAGUCAUGGGUUUUGCUAGAUGCGAAUACAUUUCUGUGGGUUAGAAGAUAGGUUUUUGCAAUCAGUGGCGGAUAGUGGUGUGAUUGACUGAACUUGGACUGUUGCCUCCAGUUUUUGAAUUUUAGAGUAACAGCCUCUUGCAGAUGGGUUUGUGUAGUCUGCCUAGAUGCCCUGGUUAUUCUGAUUUUUUCUACUUGCUCUAUGGUUUGAAGCCCUGAAAAGCCAGAAAGUACCUUUUACUGUUGAUACAAAUUGUAUCUUUUUAACUAUAAGAACUAUUUUGAUUUGUAGAUCUAGUAAAAACACAAAUGUGUAACUAUGAUUAGACUUUUUGGGCAACAUUUUAUCCCUUAUUUAAAUAAAAAUUUUUCAAGUAAAAUUGAAGUCUAGACUAGGGUAGAAAACAAAAGUAACAAUUUAGAUAAAUAAAAAUGUCUGUCUGAGUUUUAUAUACUGUACUAAAAGCAUAUGGAAUCAAUUUAUUGGCAUUUUAUUUCUCCUAAAACUUACCUAGUAUGAACUUAAAAUAAAGGUAAAAUGCUGCCUGAAAAUAAUGUCCAAGCACCUUUGACUAGGAUAACAUUUUCACUACUUGUGUGACACUGUGUGUUGCAUGAAGUAGGAUUUGGGUAUACAGUAAAUGCUUCUAAAAGGCAUUGUGCAUAUUGACAUAUCCAAUAAUCUGAACCGUGUUCAGCAAACUUAAUUCAGGAAAGUGGUGUUCUACACAAUUAUUGCUGUUGUUUUUUUGCAGUGAGUACAACACUCCUCUGUACCCCUAAGCAGUAUAGGUGAUGCCCCACAAACUAUUCUGAGUGGCGUCUCUCUGAGAGCAGUCCUACUCACUCGUGAAAAUUGUUCUCUUUGAUUUUGUUGGUCACUACCUACCUGUAGAACAAGUUUAAACGUAGAGGCUAAACCAGUGCCAAAAAUAGGGUUACAAAUGUGUAGUAACUUUUAUUUUAGUCAUAUUCUAAGAAUUUUUUUUGUAUGAAUUCACACUUUUAAAUUGUACAUGAAAGGUUUUGCUUCCAAUUUCUUCACGUUCGCAUUUUAAUUAUUUGAAGAGAGUCUGCCAAAUUCGACUGAAGUCUUUGUGUGAAGGAAGUCCUAGAUGAAUGUAUACCCCACUUUGGCUUUGGUCUUUUCGGUGUUUUGAGGUGAUUGACUAGUAUGUUGGUUGUUUCAUUGAUGUCUACACGGUGGAGAAAUUGUGUUGUCUGCCACCACCUGUACUGUAUAGCUCUGAAUUACACAUAAGGAAUUCCUUCAGUAAUAAUUCUGAGUUAAGAACUAGCAGUUUUCAUAUGCCAAGAGGACAAUUUGUCCCUUUAUUUUGAAGCACCAACAUUGCUUUCAAAGCUUAAGGAUGAGGUAUUGGCAGAUUUUAGGCAUAGCAAAUUCUCAAUUAUCCAAAGCAUUCAUUAAAAAGAGUCCAUCAUUAAAUUAAAACCACAGCUGAUCCCAAACCUUCAUUUUAGCUAAAACUUUUUCCCUAAUCAAAUUUAUUUUUUAACCAGACUUGCUAAUAAGUAACCAGAGAGAGGUUUAUUAGCAAAUAGUGAAAUCGCCAGCAGUGAUCAGCUGAUAAAAGAUAAAGGACUCAGAUUGCAGU